CCGUUCCUACUCCUCUUUCGCCGGAUGCUCCUCUGUCACUUUCUGAUGGUUCUUCUCCUCAUGACGCCACAGAGUAUAGAAGUGUUAUUGGUGCAUUACAGUAUCUUUCCUUUACACGGCCAGAUAUCAGUUUUGUUGUUAAUAAACUUUCUCAGUACAUGCACCGGCCCACAACUCGUCAUUGGGAAGCUAUCAAACGUGUUCUUCGAUACCUAAAGGGCACUCCUCAUUUUGGGAUUUUUAUCUCUGCACAUACUCCAUUAACUCUUCAUGCUUAUGCCGACGCUGAUUGGGCCGGUGAUAUAGACACUC